UGAGCAGGGCAAGGGGGAAUGGACCACAGAAAUUCUCAUAUACUGGGAGGGUGCUGGUGGUCAUGGCAAGGUUUUACGCAGGACCUGAGAAAGCUCAGAUAUCCUUUUGUUUAGUCUUAUUUAUUUUAAUUUGAUGUGAAAUUCACAAAACAUCAAAUCUACCAUUUUAAAGUGAACAGUUCAGUGGCAUUUGGUGCAUUUGCAGUGUUGUGCAAACAUCACCUCUAUCUAGUUCUAUCUAUUUCCCUCACCCCCAAAUGAGACCCUGUGCCCAUUAGCCGUCACUCCCCACCCCCUCCCCCAGCCUGGCAACCACGAAUCUGUUUUCUGUCUCUAUGGAUUUGCUUGUUCGGGAUGUUUCAUAGAAAAGGAAUCAUACAAUUUAUGACCUCGCGUGACUGGCUUCUUUCACUCAGUGGGAUGCUUUGGAGGUUCAUUCACAUUUUAGCAUGAAUCAGCUUCAUUCCUUUUUAUGACUGAGUACUAUUCCAUUGUGUGGAUGACCGCACUGUGUUUAUCCUUGUACCCUUUGGUGGACAUUUGGGUUGUUUCCACCUCUUUUUUUUUUUUUUUUAAACUUCAUUGUUUGUUUUAAGACAGCCUUUGCCUCCUGAACGCUAUUUUGAGGUGCAGCAAUCUCUGUUUAACUUGCUCCAUCCCCCCCAUUGAACUACCCCCAUAGGAAAACCCAUCCUCUUAGGGUAGAUAGUCUUGGUUUUGUGGCUUCCCCGCAAUUUGCUAUGCCCCACCCCCUGCCCACUUCAUUGGCCAUGACAGACAGGGAGAUCCAACCCACUCCAUCACAUCCUGGGCCUGGGUUCAAAUCCUGCUCUGUUGUCUUAUAGCUCUGGGACUAUGGACACACUACUUAUUGUGUCCCUGUCUCUGGAAAGUAGGACCAGUGGGCCUUUCCCCUCCACUAGGCAGUCACCAAGUAGACCCCAGAGCCAGAGUCUUUGGAAAAUGAAUUUGUGGUCAUGUGGCUGCCCUCCCCUGGGGUGUUGAGCACAGGAGCUCACUGGGAAGGUGUCAGAGUAGCUAGGCCUCCAAGAAGGUUGGCCUCUCCUGUCCUGUGACACCCCUGACUCUGGGGACCAGAGCUGCCUGGAAGUCGUAGGUUCCCCCUCCAUGCCCGCCCUGGGGCUCUGUGCCAGCACCUUAAUCCCACGGCCACCCUCAGCGGGGACAAAAGAGGGCUUUGCCCUCUGGGGUGGCUUGCUAGGGCAUGGGGGACAGUCCCGUGACAUAGAGAGUUGGUCUGUCCACACUAUGGAAUAUUAGUCAGCCACAAAAAGGAGUGAAGCUUUGAUUCGCACUACAGCGUGGAUGAACCACGGAGACGUGCUGAGUGAGAGAAGGCCGACACUCAAGGCCACACAGUGCAUGAUUCCGUUUACGUGAAGUGUCCGGAGGAAGCAAAUGCAGAGACAGAAAACAGAUUGGUGGUUGCCAGUGGCUGGAGGAGGGGGCAUGGCUGACAAAAAUGGAGCUCUCAAGUGCACCUUCUCGGCGCCCGGCCAUAGCACCAGCCUCUUGCAGGGCCUUGCUGCCCUCCGUGCCCAGGGCCAGCUGCUGGACGUUGUACUCACCAUCAACAGAGAGACCUUCCAUGCACACAAGGUGGUCCUGGCUGCCUGCAGCGACUACUUCAGGGCCAUGUUCACGGGUGGCAUGAGGGAGGCGAGCCAGGAUGUCAUCGAGCUGAAGGGCGUGUCCGCCCGCGGCCUGCGGCACAUCAUCGACUUUGCCUAUAGUGCCGAGGUGACGCUGGACCUGGACUGCGUGCAGGACGUGCUGGGUGCAGCUGUGUUCCUGCAGAUGCUUCCCGUGGUGGAGCUGUGCGAGGAGUUCCUUAAGGCCGCCAUGAGUGUGGAGACCUGCCUGAACAUCGGCCACAUGGCCACCACCUUCAGCCUGGCCUCACUCAAGGAGUCUGUGGAUGCCUUCACCUUCCAGCACUUCCUGCAGAUCGCGGAGGAGGAGGACUUCCUGCACCUUCCGCUGGAGCGCCUCGUCUUCUUCCUGCAGAGCAACCGGCUGCAGAGCUGCGCUGAGAUUGACCUGUUCCGCGCCGCCAUCCGCUGGCUGCAGCAUGACCCGGCCCGCCGGCCGCGCGCCAGCCACGUGCUCUGCCACAUCCGCUUCCCGCUCAUGCGGUCGUCAGACCUGGUGGACAGCGUGCAGACGCUGGACAUCAUGGUGGAGGACGUGCUGUGCCGGCAGUACCUGCUGGAGGCCUUCAACUACCAGGUGCUGCCCUUCCGGCAGCACGAGAUGCAGUCCCCGCGCACGGUCGUGCGCUCCGACGUACCCUCCCUGGUCGCCUUCGGUGGCACGCCCUACACCGACAGCGACCGCUCCGUCAGCAGUAAGGUGUACCAGCUGCCUGAGCCGGGCGCCCGCCACUUCCGGGAGCUCACGGAUAUGGAGGUGGGCUGCAGCCACACGUGCGUGGCCGUCCUGGACAACUUCGUGUACGUGGCCGGGGGCCAGCACCUGCAGUACCGCAGCGGCGAGGGCGCGGUGGACGCCUGCUACCGCUACGACCCUCACCUGAACCGCUGGCUGCGCCUGCAGGCCAUGCAGGAGAGCCGCAUCCAGUUCCAGCUGAAUGUGCUGUGCGGCAUGGUGUACGCCACGGGCGGCCGCAACCGGGCCGGCAGCCUGGCCUCAGUCGAGAGGUACUGCCCGCGGCGCAACGAGUGGGGCUACGCCUGCUCCCUGAAGCGCCGCACCUGGGGCCACGCGGGCGCCUCGGCGGGGGGCCGCCUCUACAUUUCCGGCGGCUACGGCAUCUCCGUGGAGGACAAGAAGGCGCUGCACUGCUACGACCCUGCCGCCGACCAGUGGGAGUUCAAGGCACCCAUGAGUGAGCCCCGCGUGCUUCACGCCAUGGUGGGUGCUGGCGGCCGCAUCUAUGCCCUUGGCGGCCGCAUGGACCACGUGGACCGCUGCUUUGACGUGCUGGCGGUGGAGUACUACGUGCCCGAGACAGACCAGUGGACCAGUGUGAGCCCCAUGCGGGCCGGCCAGUCGGAGGCUGGCUGCUGCCUGCUGGAUAGGAAGAUCUACAUCGUGGGGGGCUACAACUGGCGCCUCAACAACGUGACGGGCAUCGUGCAGGUGUACAACACGGAGACGGACGAAUGGGAGCGCGACUUGCACUUCCCAGAGUCCUUCGCAGGCAUUGCCUGUGCCCCUGUCCUGCUGCCCCUGUCAGGGACCAGGAGGUAGCUCCUGGGACCCCUGGGACCCGGCCCAGCCUCAUGCUGUCUGUGCAAGGGGUUUGGUGAGCGCAUGCUGGGGCCGAGAACUACAGAACCACCCCUGGCCCGUGGGCUGACGUCUUGGGGCCUGCUGUGUUGGUAAGGCCCCUCCUGGGGUCCCUCAUCCGUCCCGGAGCAGAUCCUGGCUUUGUGCCCACCUAGGGAACCCGCCAGCGAUGAGGCUGGUGCGUCAUGGCAGCAGAGUCACACCCGAGGUUUCCUCACCUGCCCCACAUCCCUUCUCACGGAGGGGAUCGGGGUCUCCUUUGAGGUGUGGUUAUGUGGCUUUGUCCCACUUCUCUCCUCCCCCAGCUCGGCAGCCUCAGACAUUCCGAUGCGAGCUCUUUGACAUCGACCCCCAAAUCCAUGGUUUGCGCCUUGCCCCCCCAAGUUUCUUGCAGCAUCUAUUUUUUAAAAUAAACACCACCCCUAAACUCUCUGACAUGUGGACCUCUGGAGCUGGUGAGAUGGCAGGGGGGCACCCAGCUCAGGGCUGACCUCAAGGGUGGGCAUGGUUCUGCCUCUAAUAAGCCCAGGCUGCCGGGGUGGGAGGGUGGCCUUGGAGGAGAGUCUCACACUUGUCUCCAUGCCUGUCCUCGGUCCCAAAACCUUCGGUGUGUGCAGUUGUCCACUUUCAGAAGGAGAAAACACAGCCAGCUCUCAGAGACAGUCCUCACAGUUGGCCAGCCUUCCAUUUGUUGCUGGGCUUCUUGUGGGGCCUUGAUGAGGAGGGGCCAAGCUGCCCCCGUUCCCGUCCUCACCCCCUGGUUCAAGGGAGGCACCUGCUUUAGGACUCAUAGUGUGUCUACAUUCCUACAAGUCUCAUGAUUUUUAUUUCUCUCCCUUUCUCCCACCCUCCACUCCUGCCUUGUCCCGUGUUCAGGUUGUCAGGCCACCAGGCCUGGGCCCCCUCAGCAAGGGAAGUCAGGCGGGUGGUGCGGCCUCUUCCCUUCAAGGGCUUUGUGGCAUCUCUGGCCACAUUUGUUUUGGUGUCAAACCUCUAAAGCUGUUUAUUAUUAUUCGUAUUAUUAUUUUGGUUCUGUUUUGGUUUUUUUAAGACACCGGCAUUGCUGUCUUAUAAAUGGGAUUUGUACCCUCGGGGCAACUUAAAGUGUCUCUUCUGCUGCUAAUGGACAAUUGAUGUUGUGUCUCUGUGACCCACUCACCGUGUAAAGAAUUAACCUCAUAUCUUAGCAGAUGUCGUCUCCUAAUAUUUUCCUUCAUUUAAUAAAAAUGUUAUGGUGAAAAGAUGGAGCAGGCCCAGCACCGAGCUUGUGGGGCCUGAUGGGUCACAGAUUCCUCAUGUCAUCUAUGUGGUUAGGGGCUCCCUUCCCCUCUUUUGCCCUUUUCUAGCAUUGCAGAGGAGCUGGAAGGGGGGCUGGCCUUUGGCUCAGGGGUGUGGGACAGAGAGAAGUGUGGCCAGAACUUCCACCAGGUGCCUGGAAGACAGGGCAGAUCUGCCCUGGGCUGGGUGGCCUUCGGAGAGACUCUCUCCAGGUUGUUACAUUGGCCUGGUGGCUUGGCCCCUUGCCACCAGACAGCCCCCAGCUCCUGGCAGGUUGUCUCCAUCUGCUCAGUCCUGGGGUGUGAAACUGUGGAGCUGGGGAGCCCCUCUCCCUGGAGGCCGUGAUGGGGGAGACGCAGGGCAGGUCCUAAAGGAAGCAUGAAGUCAUCACCAUUCCAUAUGGGUCCAAGAGCUCUGUGAAUUGCCCCCAACCCCUGCUCUCAUGGCUGGCCUUGCCGCGAACCGGGCUGUAUGCUGGUGGAGAAACCCUGCUGUGCAUGGACAGCUUUCUGAGGGGAGGCGUCCAGGUUCACCCUCCAAAUGCACCCACAGGCCUGGUGCUCCCGUACAGCGCCACUGGGGCCCCAGAGCGUGGCCGGAUGUGUGGGUGGGGGGCAGCGUUGAAAUAAAAACUGGGUUGGGAACCAGGAAGGAGCCCAUGCUGCCAGGGGCAUUGAAAGGAAAGCAGCAGCCCUUGGGGACUUACCAGAACAUUCCAGUCCCUUUUCACCCCCCCAACCUGAGCUCCCCCAAAGAGAACCCUUCCCUGCUAGAGGCAUGGCCCCUUCAGGGGGGCAGUGAGAAUCUUUUGCCAGCUGCAAGUCCCCCCAGAUCAGCUCACACCUCAGAACAUCUUGUCCCCAAUGAGCUGGCAGGGGUGCUGGUGCAGGG